AUUGCCGCUGUUGGAAUAUGAUAAAAAUUUAACAUUUCGUCUGUUUGACACCGAUGUACGUUUCGGAUUACUUUUCACAUUUUCGUUGUACGCCUGUAAAAAGCGGUAUUUUUAAAGUUUUUAUUAAAUAAAUGCAUCAUGAAAACAACAAAGGAGCUUGCUAGAGAGCUUGGUUUGAUAAGAAAGCGCACUUUGUCAAGUUCAGGUACAUCUAGACGAGGGUUGGGCAAUGGUUCUUCAGUACAAUCAUUUAAGUACCUGAUAGUUAUUGACUUUGAAUCAACUUGCUGGCAGGAUGCAAAAUUUAGAACUCAAGAGAUUAUUGAGUUCCCAGCUGUGUUACUAAAUACCUUAUCUGGUGAGGUUGAAAGCGAAUUCCAUUUUUAUGUUCAACCGCAGGAACAGCCUACACUGAGUGCUUUUUGCACUGAACUCACAGGAAUAACACAGAGCCAAGUAGAUGAAGGGAUCCCUAUAAAUCUGUGUUUACGUAAGUUUGGUUAUUGGCUUGACAAACUAUAUAGAGAAAAAGGUGUUGUAUGCCAGGGUACGACGACAGAUACCAGUAUACCCAUAAACACUACAUGUGUAACUUGGUCAGACUGGGAUUUAGGCGUGUGUUUGCAGUAUGAAUGUAAAAGGAAACAAUUGUUGAAACCAGCUCAACUUUCCUCAUGGAUUGAUCUCAGAGCAACUUACAGGGUAUUUUGUCUUUAAACUACUGCUGUCAUUUUUUAGCUCAGCUACAUGUAUUUGAAAUUUUACAAGUAGUAGAGCUAUUCACUUUAUCUGUGUCCACAUCCAUGUUACAAGGUUAAAGUUGUG